AACAAAAAACAAAGAGGUUUGGUUUAUCUCCAAAUCAGUUCACUCAACCGAGGGAGGUUUGUGCAGCUAAACGCCCAAUCACACAGACGCAAAACCCCGGCCUUCCCCAAACACACAGAGAAGCUGAAACCGUAAACUUGGUGCAGCCGCCGGUGUUGAUAGCGCAGCAGGCAGAGAUAUGAAGGUGGUGGCUUUAGUAAGCGGCGGCAAAGACAGCUGUUAUGCCAUGAUGAAGUGUAUCCAAUAUGGCCACCAGAUUGUUGCAGUGGCAAAUUUGAUGCCUGCUGAUGAUUCGGUGGACGAGCUUGAUAGCUACAUGUAUCAAACUGUUGGACACCAGAUAGUUGUCAGCUAUGCAGAAUGCAUGGGAGUUCCGCUGUUCAGAAGGCGAAUCCAAGGAUCCACAAGGCAAGACUUUUAAGAAGGAAAUUUGGCAUCAGAAGCUUAGCUAUAGAAUGACUCUUGGGGAUGAAGUUGAAGAUAUGUUUUUUUUGUUAAAUGAAGUGAAAAGACAGAUCCCUUCUGUCACAGGCGUAUCUUCCGGUGCUAUUGCAUCAGACUAUCAAAGGCUGCGGGUGGAAAGUGUCUGUUCUAGGUUAGGGCUUGUUUCUCUAGCAUACCUGUGGAAACAAGAUCAGUCAUUGCUUCUUCAAGAAAUGAUAACUAAUGGGAUUGUGGCGAUUACAGUGAAGGUUGCUGCCAUGGGGUUGGAUCCCUCAAAGCACUUGGGCAAAGAAAUGGCAUCCUUGCAGCCCUAUCUGCAUAAGUUGAAAGAGUUGUAUGGGAUUAAUGUAUGUGGUGAAGGAGGGGAAUAUGAAACAUUGACACUGGAUUGCCCUCUCUUUGUUAAUGCUCGAAUCGUGCUGGAUGAGUUUCAAGUUAGACUGCACUCAUCAGAUUCCAUAGCUCCAGUUGGGGUGCUUCAUCCCUUGGCUUUUCAUUUGGAAAAUAAGGCACAAUCCUGUUCUUUGGGAAGCAGUGACAAAACCCACGAGAUGUAUCAUGAGAAGAAGGGUUUUCUAUGUGAAGUGCAAGGAGACCAUCCCCAAGAAUGUGAUGCUGCAUGCCAGGAUGAUGCCCCAGUUAACAAUUUGGUUGAACUUGCUGAACAUAAACUUCACAUUUCAAGAACACAAAAGGGUGAUACGUUUUCUAUUUGUUCCCGGCUGCAAGAUUCAUGUACAACUUCCACAGGUUUGCAAGAAGAUCUGGAGGCUGUUUUAAAGAAAAUUGAAUCAAUACUUGUAGAAAAUGGUUUUGGUUGGGAAAAUGUUUUGUAUAUUCAUCUUUAUAUUGCUGAUAUGAAUGAGUUUGCGACAGCAAAUGAUACAUAUGUGAGAUAUAUAACUCAGGAAAAGUGUCCUUUUGGAGUUCCAUCCCGCAGUACAAUUGAACUGCCUUUGUUGCAAGUGGGUUUAGGUAGUGCUUACAUGGAAGUUUUUGUGGCAAAUGACCAUACCAAAAGAGUUCUACAUGUACAAAGUAUAUCUUGUUGGGCACCCAGUUGUAUUGGACCAUAUAGCCAGGCAACUUUGCAUAAGGAGAUACUUCACAUGGCUGGACAGUUGGGACUCAACCCUCCCACAAUGACAUUAUGCCAAGGAGGCGCCAUUGAUGAGCUGGAAAAAGCACUUGAAAACAGUGAAGCAGUGGCUAAAUGCUUUAACUGUUCAAUAUCUACCUCAGCUAUUGCCUUUGUCAUUUACUGUUCAACGAAAAUUCCAUCAACAGAGAGAUUUAAAAUCCAGGACAAGCAGGAUGCGUUCCUUAAACAAACAAGGGUCUUCAAUUUGGAUAAAGGAACCAAUUCUGAAGCAUUUGAUCCCAUUUUUCUAUAUGUCCUAGUCCCUGAUCUGCCAAAAGGGGCCCUUAUGGAAGUUAAGCCCAUUCUGUUUGUUGCAGACGAUAUUGAAGAACCAACUGGGGAUGUGAAAGAGCAAUCUUGCUCAAGCACUCCUGGUUACUGGGGUUUUCAGCAUGCAGAGUGGCAUGAUUCUUGUUUUCAGAAAUGUGUUGUUCCUGGAAAAUUAUGUACAGUCAUUUUGUCUGUGAGUAGUGAACCUGCUGCGACCAUCUGUCAUGACCAUCUAGUUGGUGACAAGAACAAAGGGGAUAGUCAAAAUUCUCUCACAGAGUGGCAGAUGGAUAGAGUAUCAAGAUUUUGCAUAUAUCUUCUUGAUAAAAUUAUCACGGAGAGCGGUUUCUCUUGGGAUGACACAAUGUAUUUGAGGUUCUACUUUCCAACAAGUCUUCAAGUGCCUGCAAAUGCACUCUCACUCAUGUUCACCAAUGCAUUCGAUGAACUCGCUGCAAUGGGUCGGAUAAUCAAGACUGGCAAGGAACCCAUCUUCAACCUUGUUCCCGUCUUAGGUGCCGGGAGGUCUUCAGCAUCCAUGGAUGAUAUAAUCACUUGUGAACUUUUAGCUCGGAAGCCCUGAGUUUCAUUGCUUCAUGUAAGGGUGAAGAUUCAUUGAUUUUCUAUCUGGUGUUGGGUGCAAAUGCUGAACUAUUAUUUGUAAUGGGAUAAGAUAAAAUCAUGAGAUAUUUAGUCA